AAAAAAAACAAAGUGACAACGUCAUUGUCAUCUGUUAAGCUAACAUCAAUUGUCAAGAAAAAGUUUGUGUGCAGAAACCUGUGAGCUGUGUUGUGUGAAAAAAUUAAAUGAUGUUAACGUUUGAUAUAAAUUAUGCAAUUAAAUAGCGAUUUUAGUACGUGAUUUAUAUCGCGGCACCUAUCGAAAUAUGUCAAAAGAAUCGCAGCUGUUCAUAUCAGUUCCUCGGUCGUGCCUUAACGAAUUUUAUAGUAAAUAUCUUAAUUUGGUGGAAACUUUUUACUAUGUUACGCUUUCUGAAAAUAAAAGUGGGGACACGAGUGAGAAACAAGAGUUUGUCUACUUCAAUGUUAUUAUUAAUCUGAAUCCUGCAGACAAUAACUUCAAUUCACGCGAACUUGUCGACCGAAUUCAGAAAUAUGUGGAGUCGUCGUUGGGAUGGGCUGGUGAGCGUGGCGAGGAUUCAAGUUACGACUCCGAGUGUGACGAUGACGGCGGACACCGCGCCGCUUCGCGCACUCCCUCCGACACUCUUGGUGCGGAGUUUGCAGAGUACGUCACUCACGCACCGCCACCACCGCAGCCGAACCAAGCUAAAAUCGAGUUCGCUGUGAAAUUGGGUUACUCUGAAAGGCUAGCCAGAACUGCUUUGCAGCGGCUAGGCCCUGAUCCUCCUCGGAAUGAGUUGCUGGCAGAACUCAUCAACCUCGCUUCCAAGAGGCCCCCGCGUGUACCUUCCCCGCCACCCCUCGCUGAGCCUGAACUGCUACCUGACCGAGCACCACUAAGACACAUCGUCAUUGACGGCAGCAAUGUUGCUAUGAGCCACGGCAACAAGGAAGUAUUCUCAUGCAGAGGUAUCGAAAUAUGUGUGGACUGGUUCCGAGCACGGGGACACAAAGAAAUAAAUGUGUUCGUACCAAAAUGGCGAAAGGAAACUUCCCGACCCGACAAUCCAGUAGCUGAUCGCGACGCCCUUGAACGUCUUGAAAGAAGUCGCGUUCUUGUCUAUACACCUAGCCGUCUUGUGGGUGGAAAACGACUUAUCUGCUACGAUGAUAGAUAUAUCCUAAAACUCGCGGCUGAAACAGACGGAAUCGUCGUUUCGAAUGACAAUUAUAGGGACCUAGCCGCGGAAAGUCCUGAAUUCCGAAAGGUCGUCGAAGAGCGUCUGUUGAUGUUUUCGUUCGUUAAUGACAGAUUUAUGCCUCCGGAUGAUCCCCUAGGAAGAUCGGGACCCACGUUAGACGCUUUCCUUAGAGCGCCACCAUCGCGUAGUGACCCACCUCCCGCGUGCCCCUACGGUCGCAAGUGCACCUACGGUAACAAGUGUAAAUUCCACCACCCAGAACGAGCUGGCCGACCGCAUAAAUCAGUCGCAGAGAAACUGUCCGAACGCGCUGCACGCAAGGCCCGCGAUUUGCACACGUUAAGUCUCCCUCCGGGCGGAAGGCCGGUCGAUACCAAGAAACCAUUAGCCCGAGCACAUUCAGCAACGCCUCGGUUGGCUGACGCAAGUCUCGUCUCGCAUUUCGACAGAGCACAAAUCCCAGGACCAUCACAGCCUCCGCCAGAUCCAAAUCCACAUAGGAAACUUGCGCGACAACUAACGCUGAACCCGAACUGUGACCCGAGACUUCACUCGACUGCCGGUCGUGUAUCGUCAGCCCCUGUGGGGGCAGCGGGCGCUAUAGCUCCAAGGAUGGCAGGAAUGUCUCUAUCGCCUUGCGCUUCCGAAGGGGCUCUUCAGCAUUGGGAAGCAAGGCGACGGAUGCAUUUUCAUUUAGCGGGAAUUUUCCCUGAAGCACAAGUUGCAGAAGUGAUGGCUACAUAUCCGGACGAAACGGACCCGCAAAAAAUGUGCGCGAUUCUUUUAGACCGGUACAGACCCAGCGAAGCUACUUUGCCGCGUCCGAUGCAUUGACAUCGUUGGAAACUUUUCAAUAAACGAGUAAAGACGAUUGUGUAUGACAAUUACAAUCUAAUUUCUCUAUUGUAAAUAACUUUUUGAUCUUUGAAUUAUUCUCAAUUUCCUUCAAGAAAUUGCUGUUUUACAUUCAUUGGAUCAAUGCAUUUUAAAGUGAUGAACUGCAGCUAUUGAUGUAAUGGUUGCCUUUUCAUCAAACGUAUAAGUCAAAACGUGUACGGCUUUUGACAUUUCCGCUUACAUGAGAUUGCCUUUUAACUAUUUUAUCUCUUAUUAUAUUCCUAUCUACUCUUAUUAAAAAUCUAUUGUUGCUGUAGUUAAAAAGUGGGUUAGGCUACUUUUAUUCUCUUGGAAUACCUUUUCUAUAAUAUUAUCUGCACGAUACAGAAGAAGCUAUUCUCUCCCAUUCUUUCUUAGAAUUUAAUUUAAUGAUUCAUGUGCAUUCACGCUGUCCUAAGCUCCCAAAUGCGUUUGCUAAAAUCAUCGUUCUACUUCUACAGCCAGUAAAGGCAUUUAAACUUUGUACAUUCACACUAUUGUUCGUGACGCACGCUUCUGAGAAGCGCGCGUCUUAUUUAAUUAUUAUUUAAGUUUAGAUGUAAGGAUGUACAAAUAAAACAGAAUUUUCACAAACAAUCCCAAACAAUUAAUUUACGUAUGUUUUAUUCUUUUCAAAACAAGUUACAGAAAUAAAUUAUGUAUGUACAGAAAUAUUGAAAAGGAAAUAUUAAUAAAAUACGUUAUACAAUCAAAUUUCGUUCCACUGUCACAGAAAGAAAUAAAGGCUUAGUGAUUUAUGGCGUUAAACUUUUGCCUUAGGUGAAUAUAAACUCACAGCUGUGUUAGAUUUACAAAUUUUCUCUAUAUAAUCAUAUACAUAUUAAUCGUUAUUAAAAUACAAUGUUGUAACUUACAAUGCUUUAAGCAAUGUACUUAUGAAUAUAUAUGAUUUGAAAUGAAUGUGUUCAUUAUCCAGAAGGAAAAAUGUUAUGAAAUAGUGUUCAUGUGAUAAAUCACCUUAGCAAUAAUAUAAGACUCAUUAAAAGUACUAUUGCCCUCCCAAUAACAAACCAAACUGUUAAUAACUUCAAUUACGCUGUUUUAUAUAUUGCAAGGUAACAUUUAACUUUUGUGAUGGUAUAAAUUAUAUUUGGUACUAUGUACCAAGUAAAAAGUUAAGUAGCUAAUAGUUUAUUAGUGGUUAUAGUUCUUUAUGUACAUUUUUAUAUUUUACAUUAGUUAUUAUUACAAGACAAUAAUCACAGAAAUGUAUCUGUGAUUAUUUGAUUAAACUAUAGGCAACAUCGAAAAUGGACUUAACAUUAAUGAAAAUGACCUUAGAAAACGAUAAUAACUUUUUUUCCAUCAUGGUCAUUUCUGUUAAGUACAUUUAAGAUGGUCUGAUGGCCAGAUAUAUUAUGAUAGUAAAUAUACUAUGAUGUAGUAAAUAUAUUAUUAUAUUGUAUAUCA